UCGCGCCAAAAUCUUCCCGCCAAAAAGCAACCCCCUUCCCUCCAUACCCCAGUCGCAGAGAACCUCAAAACCCUAACCUCAGAAACAGAGCACGCCAGACUCCGCAAAACGAGAAAUUCGUCGAGAAGAUAUCGUCUCCGCAGAUCUGAAACAUGGACGAUUCGGAGAACCCAUCAACGCCCGGUUCGCCCACCUCAGCCGGGUUCAGCACGGACCGGCUCCCUCCAAACACGAGCCACGCCUCCGACUCCUCUUCCGACGACGAGGCUGCCGUCGAUCCCGAGAUUGUACGCGACGAGCCUGAUGACGCUGAUGAUGAGGAAGAAGGAGAAGAUCUCUACAAUGACAAUUACAUGGAAGAUUACCGUCGGAUGGAUGAGCAUGAUCAGUACGAAUCGGUGGGCCUGGACGAUUCGAUGGAGGAUGAGAGGGAUAUUGAUCAGAUCAUGGAGGAUCGGAGGGCAGCAGAGGUGGAGCUCGAUGCAAAAGAAGGGAACAUGGGACCGGUGAGUCGGAAGCUCCCUCGCCUUCUACAUGAUCAAGACACAGAUGAUGAAAUUAAUUACAGGCACCCAAAAAGGUCUAGAGCUGAUUUCAGGCCUCCAAGAGGACCAAGAAGCUAUGAUGAUACUGAUGGCGGAACACCAAGUUCACCUGGAAGAUCACAGAGAGGACAUUCAAGAGACGAUGUGCCAAUGACUGAUCAAACUGACGAUGAACCUUAUGAGGAAGAAGACGAUGAUGAAGGAGAGUUUGAAAUGUAUCGUGUCCAAGGAACUUUGAGGGAGUGGGUUACCAGAGAUGAAGUGCGCCGGUUCAUUGCUAAGAAAUUUAAGGAGUUCUUGCUUACGUAUGUAAAUCCAAAGAAUGAACAAGGAGAUUUCGAAUAUGUUCGGCUGAUUAAUGAGAUGGUCUUAGCUAAUAAAUGUAGCUUGGAGAUAGAUUACAAGCAAUUCAUCUAUAUACUUCCAAAUAUUGCCAUCUGGCUGGCUGAUGCACCCCAAUCGGUGCUUGAGGUCAUGGAAGAGGUUGCCAAGAAUGUCGUCUUUGAUUUCCACAAGAACUACAAAAAUAUUCAUCAAAAAAUCUAUGUGCGGAUAACCAACCUACCAGUUUAUGAUCAGAUACGCAACAUAAGGCAAAUCCAUCUGAACACCAUGAUCCGCAUAGGAGGUGUUGUGACUCGACGAUCUGGGGUUUUCCCUCAGUUGCAACAGGUGAAGUAUGACUGCAACAAAUGUGGGAUGGUUCUUGGGCCAUUCUUCCAGAACUCCUAUUCAGAAGUCAAGGUGGGGUCUUGCCCCGAAUGUCAAUCGAAAGGGCCUUUCACUGUCAACAUCGAGCAGACAAUUUACAGGAACUACCAGAAACUCACACUUCAGGAGAGUCCAGGAAUCGUCCCAGCUGGUCGACUUCCGAGAUACAAAGAAGUGAUACUCCUAAAUGAUCUAAUCGAUUGUGCUCGUCCUGGAGAAGAAAUUGAGGUCACAGGCAUAUACACGAACAACUUUGAUUUAUCUUUGAAUACGAAAAAUGGGUUUCCUGUCUUUGCAACCGUGGUUGAAGCGAACUACGUCACAAAGAAGCAGGACCUCUUCUCCGCUUACAAGCUCACCGAGGAGGACAAGGCAGAAAUUGAGAAGUUGUCCAAGGACCCAAGGAUUGGAGAAAGGAUUGUUAAGUCCAUAGCCCCAUCAAUCUAUGGUCAUGAAGACAUCAAAACUGCAAUAGCUCUUGCUAUGUUUGGAGGCCAGGAAAAGAAUGUUAAAGGAAAGCAUCGAUUGAGAGGGGACAUAAAUGUUCUCCUCCUCGGCGAUCCGGGUACAGCCAAGUCACAGUUCCUCAAGUACGUUGAGAAGACAGGGCAAAGGGCUGUUUAUACAACUGGAAAAGGAGCUUCUGCUGUUGGGCUCACAGCAGCAGUGCACAAGGACCCUGUCACAAGGGAAUGGACUCUUGAAGGAGGGGCCCUUGUCCUAGCCGAUAGAGGCAUCUGCCUAAUUGAUGAGUUCGACAAAAUGAAUGAUCAGGACAGAGUGAGUAUCCAUGAAGCCAUGGAGCAACAGAGCAUUAGCAUUUCGAAGGCUGGGAUUGUCACAUCUCUCCAAGCACGUUGUUCUGUCAUUGCUGCUGCAAAUCCAGUUGGAGGAAGGUACGAUUCUUCAAAGACUUUCUCACAAAAUGUGGAGCUGACGGAUCCGAUUAUUUCUCGUUUUGACGUCCUCUGUGUUGUCAAGGACAUAGUCGAUCCUGUCACAGAUGAAAUGCUUGCGAAAUUUGUUGUGGAUAGUCACUUUAAGUCACAACCCAAAGGAGCCAAUCUGGAUGACAAAUCCGUUGGCAAUUCUCAAGAUGAUUUCCCAGCCUCUGCCAUGCCAGUCGAUCCUGAGAUACUUUCUCAAGAUAUGCUCAAGAAGUAUAUAACAUAUGCAAAGCUGAACAUAUUCCCUAAACUGCAUGAUGCCGAUUUGGAUAAACUCACACAUGUUUAUGCGGAGCUACGGAGAGAGUCCUCUCAUGGUCAAGGAGUUCCAAUCGCAGUAAGGCACAUAGAGUCGAUGAUACGAAUGUCAGAAGCCCAUGCAAGAAUGCAUUUAAGAAAUUACGUAUCUCAAGAAGAUGUGGACAUGGCAAUUCGAGUCCUUCUGGAUUCAUUUAUCUCAACCCAGAAGUUUGGGGUCCAAAAGGCUUUACAAAAGAGCUUCAAGAAGUACAUGACAUUCAAGAAGGAUUACAAUGAGCUCCUCCUCCAUCUUUUGCGCGGGCUUGUCAAGGAUGCCUUGCACUUCGAAGAAGUCAUGUCAGGUUCAACCUCAAGGCUCAACCACAUCGAGGUGAAGGUGGACGAACUUCGAAACAAGGCACAAGAGUAUGAAAUUUAUGAUCUGCAGCCAUUCUUCACCAGCACCCAGUUCUCCAAAGCAAACUUUGUGCUGGAUGAGGAACGGGGGCUGAUUCGGCAUCCCAUUCCGAGGAAUUUGGACUGAUUCGGCAUCCCCCUGCAAAGAACGUGGGCUGAUUUGGUAUCCCUUGCGAGAUGAGGAAGAUGGAUUUUUCUCACAAAUGGAGCAUACACUAGUGAUGGAUUCUGUAAUAGACGAAGCUUUGUGAUCAUGAAAUUACUUAAAGAGUAAUGUGCUUAUUAUACAAAAAGCUAGAGCUGUAUGGUUCAAAAACUUGUGGGUUAUUUGGAUUUGGAGAUGGGGACAGAAAGCAAGACAGAGAGCCUGAAUCAUCCAUCUGUGGAUGUUGUGCUUUCUACAUUCUCAAGUAGAGAAUUAGUUGGCUUCCAGCAGCACCUGCGCAUCAGAUAACUAUGUUGUCUGCAGGUUUCUGUGCAUGUGGGCCCACCGAUUCGGUGGUCCAAGCUACCUUCCCAUGGAUGGAGGAUGCCCUAGUAAUUCUGGAGAUUGGAUGAUUGCUUCCCUGCAGCAUUUAUCCUUUUACCAUUGUAUGGAAUGGUUGCUGAAUUUCCGUCCAUGUGACACCUUGUAUGUGAUAUGCAUUGCUAUCUAAAUACCAAUUACAGUGGAAUCAAUCAUUUGGAAUCAA